AUGCUUCCGACCGUUGCGUCUGCUUUCGUUAUUGUCGUAAUUUUGGUAUCAAGAGUAGAGUUUAGUCGUGGACAGAAUAGCAAUGAGACAAUUUCUACAAUCCUUGACCAGAUUUUUGAUGGUUAUGACAAGAAAAUUCCACCCAAUCAGAAUAAAGAUCAUGAUGACAGACAGGUGAAAGUGGUUGUCAACAUGUUUAUAAAUUCCAUGUUUUCUAUAAGUGAAGUGAACAUGGAUUAUUCUAUGAGCAUGUUCCUAAGAGAACGCUGGAUUGAUGACCGUUUGCAAUAUACAAACACAUUAAACCUGUCGAGGAUUGUUCUCGAAAACGCUCUAUAUGAGAACAUUUGGAUGCCCGACAUGUAUAUUCUGAACGAGAAGGAGUCGGACUUUCACGAGGUCACGGUACCCAACAAGCUGAUACAUAUUUAUCCAGAUGGGACGGUGCAAUACAGUGCUAGAGUGACCGGAGUAUUUUCAUGCUUAAUGCAUCUUCAGACGUAUCCAUUUGAUGAGCAGUCAUGCUACUUUGAAGUGGAAAGCUAUGGCCACAGUACGGAAAGCAUGACAUUUGUCUGGAGUGAAAACCCCGUGUCUUUAGCCAAAGACAUAACAUUUCCCCAAUUUUCAUUGAGUAAGAUCAACUCGUACAAUUGCGAGAAGGAUUACUACGGCAUCGUGUACCCAUGUAUUGGUGUCGAAUUUGUUCUGGAUAGAAACUACGAGUAUUACCUGGUACAGAUUUACGUUCCAAGUAUUCUUACCGUUUUACUUUCUUGGGUAAACUUCUGGCUCGACUGCGAGGCUACUCCAGCUCGAAUUUCUUUGGGACUGUUAACGGUACUCACAAUGGCAACACAGAGCUCAGGAGUACGUGCUAACCUUCCACGCGUGUCAUACAUCAAGGCUAUAGAUGUAUACAUGGCAGCAUGUAUAACUUUUGUGUUUUUGGGGUUCGUUGAAUUUGCAUACGUAAAUGUAGUUGGUAGGGUCGAUAGCCGAAAAAAAACAAAUGAUAGUAACAUAAAUGGAAACAGAAAAGACAGUGUCAAUAGCAGCAAAGAUAUGUUAGCACCUCCUGAACAAAUUAACAGUUUUCUUACAACUGAACUGGUAAAAUCUGCAUAUUAA